AUGGAGAAGUUCACCAACUGGAGAGAUAAGGGAACUGGAAUAGCGCCUUUCCUGCCAACACCGCCAUAUUUGGCGCAGGAAAAAGGCUUCCAAGCAGUUCUCAGCGUUUCUAAAUUUGUACUUAAGACUAUAUGCGCGUUGCCGGUAAUUAUUUUGGCUCUAGCGUCAAGUUGGGCGCCAGGAAGAGUAUCGAAAACAUUGUGGGGCGUUGUCGCCAAAAUUGUGUGCAACUGGAACCUCCAAGUGGCAAUUCAGGGUGUGAAGAGACGAGACAAGCAGAGCAAAUUACCAGCCGUCAAUGAAGUUUAUGUGGUGAACUGUAGUAGUCCAUUGGAUUGCGUGGUAUUGUGGUUCUUGGCGCAGGGCCCAGCUGCCUUCUGUAUUCCUAGCGUUCGUGGGAAAACCGUUCGCUUUUUUCACUUGACUAUCUGGCAGUUUGUAAAGUUCACGCUUAACAAUGGCGAAUUGCCCGUUUUAGCUAGCUUGGCAGAGGUAGACAAUAUCGCGCAACUGAAAAACCGAGUCGUGUAUCUUUUUGCGGAAGGUACGACCUCAAAUGGGAAAAGUAUCUUACCAUUCACGGUAAGUCAGGAAUCCUGGGACGCUUUCUUGGGCAACAAACCCGAGACUGGCAUUUCAACCUCUUCUAAUGCAGGUUCCAGACACUCUAACUUAUCAAAAGUCAAAUGUCAGGCGAUUCAUCUAAAGAUUAACAGUUCACUCACCACCCCGCUUCGGGUCUCUAAAUGGAGAUUCUUAGUAAGAGUUUCUACACAGGGAGUUAACUGCAAGUGCAAAAUAAGUGAGCCUAUAGAUUCUGAUUUGAUAAAGAUCCGGAAGACCAUGUGUGGAGGCGACAAAUUUAAACUCGUUGGGAAAGAACUAACUAUUGAUUCCAAGCGAAGUUUUGUAAAGGAGUUCGGUCACCGCAGACGUUAA